CACUCCCCUUUUUGUGUGAAGGAAAAUCUCCCUCAGUCGCAUCCAAAGCCGAUCAAGCUGAAGAGACAUAUCAGCGACUUGAACUAGCGGGCGGCUGCAUCAUCACACCGCUUCUAAUCAGCGACCUGUGCUUUAGUCUCAAACCGUUACAACACGUUAACUGGAUUUUAUUUUGUAAACUUACUACACCUAAUGUGAGAGAGUGGCAAAGAAUACUGGAAUCUCAAACAAAAGAGAUGGGUGCCUUUGGGGUGAUAGUAGGGACUUUACAUUACAUGGGACUCUACAUCCAACUUACUGCCUCCACAAGGCAAGGUGGACACGCAGAGUUAGUGAACCACAUCUCCGGGAACGCUGUGUUCACAGAGGUUCCCCAUGACAUCACAGCACAGAGUGGCCAGGACGUGGAGAUGGCGUGCUCCUUCCGGGGGGCAGGCCCCUCCUACUCCCUGGAGAUCCAGUGGUGGUACAUCAGAAACCACAGGGACUGGACGGAGAAACAGCCCUGGACCACCAAUCAGGUUGUACCCCAGGAUGAGAUGUCAAAGGAUGCUACCAAAAUAAGUGUAGUGAAGGUUGCCGGGAGCAACAUCUCCCACAAGCUUUGUCUGUCCAGCGUGAAGCCGUCUGACGAGGGCACAUACGAGUGCCGCGUGAUCGACUUCAGCGACACCGACAGCAACGCCCGCCACCACAAGGUGAGGGCCUACCUGCAGGUGGAGUCAGAGAGAAACCAGAACCCGAAGCUGCGCCACCAUGGAGAAAACGUUCAACCCCAGGACACCAAGGGACUGGCGAGCAGCAGGCACCAGCCGGAGCAUGGCAAGCACUCGCCAGCAGCCCACCACAGCCACCACAAACCAACAAGCACUGGCAAGGAGCUGAGGAAGAGGUCUGCGGAGACUGGCAGCGCUACUGACUGUACUGACAGCUGUCCUCUACACCUCACAGCUCACCCAUAGCCUCCUCUGCCUGUUUGGUCUGACCUCAGCCCCACACCCCGGGUGGGUAGUUCCAGUCCCGGAGGGCCGCAGCGCUAUGUACCCAGACCUCUGAUUCAUCCCAGCUGAUUGCUCACCCACCCCUACCACUGCUCCAGACACAAAGGGACUAUAUCUCAGUGCCACCUCAGUCCUAUAUCUCUGACCUCUGCCCUCACACUGUCCCAUCAAAAACAUCCCAAGUCCUCUCCCAGGCCAAACUCUCUCCCACCCCUUCUCUUUACCACAACCCUCUAGAUCAGGGGUGGGCAACUUUGAUGGGGAUGGGGGCCACAAAAAAUCUGAACUCAUCCUGAGUGGCCCACAGUGUGCGCACCCACAUCCAUACCCACACAUGCAGUCAGAGCCGGCCCGUGUUUUUCACCCUAAGCUACAUUUUGUUGGGGGGCCCCCCACCCUGCGAGCAAAACAUUUUAGCAUCCCCCACUUUUAACAAUGGAGAGAAUUUUUGGUUUGUUUUAGUUACUUUCCUGCAAUUUUACUUAUUUAGCCAUGGGGUGGAGACAUAUUAGCCGUGUUUAAGCUAAUUUCCUGCAAUUCUACACAUUGUGUUCUGACUUAUGUCAUGUUAAUGUAUCUGAGUGAGAGUGACAAAAAAAAUAAUUGAUGGUGGGGCCAUGAUUACUAUGUUUAGAUUGCUGGCUAGACUCAUAAACUAAUCUAAAAAUGUGUAGCUAAUUGAGUGAGUUUCAGUGACUGACAUAAGAUAAAGACGGCUGAUGCACAACCUAACUCUCAACAGUCAAUUCCCCCAAAUGAGUUCCUAUUUAUUUCAAUACAUUGUUUUGGGUUUGAUCUGCCAGUUGCCCAUCCCUGCUCUAGAUUGUCUACACUGUACAUGUUACUGUAUAUAAUGAUAAAGAGUGCAUGUUUAACAUGUUUUCUUACUAACUUUUUCAAUCAUCUAAGAGGACGUAUAAGCUGGAAGGGUUACUUGUUGCUUUAUUCAUUUGGGUUUGUUUUCUGAGCAGUUCAUUCGCUGUUUCUCCAUGGUAAAUCCAGAUUUCCAUCCAACCAGAGCUGGAUGGAAACCAAUGUUUAUAAAGUAAAACCUGUUCAUUGUGUUUUGUGCUUUCCCAACAGAUAAUGUGGCUGUGAGAAAGACCUGAUGGAUAAUGGAAUUGUUUCUUGCUCUAACCUUUGCUUUGAUGUUUUGUAAGAAAUCAUUGUAAAAAUGUUGUACAUUUUAGAAUGUCUUCUAGGAUGUUGGUCUCGCACUAAAUUUAUGCCUUCAUCAAAUUA